AUGGUAACGCACUUGGAUACGUUUCAGGCAUCCAUAAGUCGUUUCGAGAAGAAUCAAUUUUUGCCCUAUGACAAGUUGGCUUCGAGGCUUGAGGUCGUCAGGCAGAGUGAAAAACUCCUUUUUUCACAUAUCGACCAUCCCGAAAGCCAGGAACUGGUUCGUGGAAAAAGCUAUCUCAAACUGAGACCGGAUCGAGUUGCUAUGCAAGAUGCGACUGCACAGGUUGCGCUUAUGGCAGUUUUGCAGUUUAUUUCAUCAGGAUUGAAUAGAGUUUCUGUUCCUACCACAAUUCAUUGCGAUCAUUUGAUACAGGCGGAUGAUACCGCAGAAAAUGAUUUGAAGAAGGCGAAGACCGUUAAUCAAGAGGUAUAUGAUUUUCUUCGUUCUGCCUCAGCAAAAUACGGGAUUGGCUUCUGGAAACCUGGUAGCGGAAUCAUUCAUCAGAUCAUACUCGAGAAUUAUGCCUUUCCGGGGCUGCUUUUGAUUGGAACUGACAGCCACACUCCAAACGGAGGAGGGCUUGGCGGCCUUUGCAUUGGCGUUGGAGGCGCGGAUGCGGUAGAUGUUAUGGCUGGACUUCCCUGGGAAUUGAAAUGUCCUAAAAUCAUGGGCGUGAAGUUGGUUGGGAGUCUCAGUGGUUGGACAUCAGCUAAAGACGUCAUUUUGAAACUGGCCGACAUAUUGACCGUUAAAGGAGGAACUGGAUAUAUUGUCGAAUAUUUCGGACCAGGAGUGGACUCAGUUUCUUGCACAGGAAUGGGAACUAUAUGCAAUAUGGGUGCCGAAAUUGGGGCCACAUCCUCCUUGUUUCCGUUCAACAAGAGCAUGGAAAAAUAUCUUGCUGCUACUGGAAGGAAAGACAUUGCCGAUACAGCUGUUAAUUAUCCAAACUUGCUGUCUGCUGAUCCGGGAGCUGAAUACGAUCAGCUCGUGGAAAUAAAUUUAUCUGAGUUGGAACCACGUCUUAACGGUCCGUUCACACCCGAUCUAAGUCAUCCGAUGGCCGUUCUUGGUCAGCAUGCUAGAGAAAAUGGAUGGCCCCUUGAAAUCAAAGUUGGCUUGAUCGGAAGUUGUACCAACUCCAGUUAUCAGGACAUGACACGAGCGUGUAGUGUCGCUAAGCAGGCGCUGGAACAUGGAGUGACUGUUAAGUCGAAAUUUUUGGUCACACCAGGGUCAGAGCAAAUCCGGGCUACAAUAGAGCGAGAUGGUAUUUCUGAAAUAUUUCGCAAAUUUGGUGCCACUGUGCUUGCUAACGCUUGCGGGCCAUGCAUUGGACAAUGGAAUAGAAAAGAUGUAGCGAAAGGAGAAAAGAACACCAUUGUUUCUUCUUACAACCGGAACUUCACGUCGAGAAACGAUGGCAAUCCAAAUACGCACGCUUUCGUUGGCUCUCCGGAAAUCGUGACUGCACUUUCGAUCGCAGGAACGCUAAAUUUUGACCCUACGCGUGAUUACAUCAUUGGAGCCAAUGGGGAAAAAUUUAAACUGAAGCCGCCAACUGGAGACGAACUACCUGCUAAAGGCUUUGAUCGUGGUGAGGAGACGUACCAGCAACCUCCAGAGGAUGGUUCUUUUCUCAGCAUCGACGUGAACCGGAAGAGUCAGCGUUUGCAGCUGCUUCAACCGUUUAAACCAUGGGACAGAAAGGACCUAACUGACAUGGUCAUAUUACUGAAGGUUUACGGCAAAUGUACAACCGAUCACAUCAGUGCAGCUGGACCAUGGCUGAAAUACCGGGGACACCUCGAUAACAUUUCCAACAAUAUGUUUAUUGGAGCAGUAAAUGUCGAGAACAAGGCUAUGAACAAGGUGAAGAAUGUUUUGACUGGAGAAUGGGGUACAGUGCCUGACACUGCCCGGUUUUACAAGAUGAACAAUCUGAAAUGGUGUGUUAUCGGCGACGAAAACUACGGCGAGGGAAGCAGCCGCGAGCAUGCAGCCCUCGAGCCGCGACAUCUUGGAGGCUACGCAAUCAUUGUGAAAAGUUUUGCCCGCAUUCAUGAAACGAACUUGAAGAAGCAAGGGUUAUUGGCACUGACUUUCGCAGAUGCGAAAGAUUAUGAUAAAAUUAUGCCAUCUGAUAAAGUGUCCAUUACCGGACUGGUCGAGUUUGCCCCAGGAAAGGCGUUAAAAUGCAUUCUUUCUCACACUGAUGGCACAACGGAUGAUAUCUGGUUGAAUCACACGUACAACGAAGAACAAAUUCAGUGGUUCAAAGCAGGGUCUUCAUUAAACAGAAUGGCAGAAGUUUUAAGCGGCAGAAAUUAG